UGCAGGGUCUCGAUUUUCAAUACUUUGCUAUCCGUAAACCAAUUAUUAGCACUCUACAGAGGUGCGAAAGUCGCUCGCCCGACGUUGGAUUUUUCUGUACCCAUAUAUAAACCUGAUCUGAUUCAUCACGCAGUUGUGCCACAUGACACAGAGAGGUCCUUCGUAUUCAUUUCUGGUUGAGUGGUAUGACCCAUAUUCCACCGAGAUUAGAAGGUACACUUUGGUGUAUCACACCGGCUCUCAGUCAGUCGAAAUGCACGACAACAAGUUGCACAGGUUAUUUUUGAAACCCACAAAGGUUGAAAAUCUCAAGCUUUCCAAUUUUUAUCCGGGUAGCUCGGUUACCAUAUUCUCGAGGACUUUGAGGAUUAUUGGUUUUGCUGAUGAAUUUACCAGGAGAUCCCUUGAAUGCAAUUCGGAGAGAUGUUUGUUAUUGGUUAAGCCAGAUGCUGUUUGCAAGGCUGGCCAAAUACUUACCCGAUUAGAAGAAGAGGAUUUUCGUUUGGUUAACAUAAAAAUGGUGUGUCUUACUUCUAGCGAACUGACGAAGCUCCUGGGUGAAUCGGUUGAAUAUACGAAAUAUUCGUACAUACUUAAAGAAGUGUCUGAGAAGGCAACGCUAAUCGUCGAACUUAUGCGCAACAAUGCGAUCGCAUGCAUUUGCGAUAUUAUUACUCGUGAGACCACGCAUGACUGCUCCCAAUUAAUUGUCAGUAGCGAGUUGAUGUUGCUCGCCAAGGAUGUGGAAUCUGCAGCUCUCCAAGCGGAGCAAAUAUUCUCUAAUCCUGGUGGACCCGCGUUUCGCGGACAACCCAGACUAAAAGGCACAACUCUUGCAUUAAUCAAACCGCACGCAGUCGCUGAUGGU